AUGGCACGGAAACCAAGUCAACAGAGGGUCGCUUAUGUGCUCCCUCUGCCUGAUGCGCCGGGUGGUCAUCGACUCGGCGUCAACAGCUUGACCGUUGACGAAGACAAUUCUAUCCUGUACUCCGCAGGUCGCGAUGGAGUGAUCUGCUCAUGGGAUCUCAACCUCCCCCUCUCCUCCACAUCCAAGAAGCCAUUCCCAACCCUGGGCGCGCAGAAGCCCGGGCCGACGACCUUCAGACACCAGGUGCAGGCCCACAGCCACUGGAUCAACGACAUCGUCCUCACCCAGAACAACUCGGCCCUCGUAUCGGCGUCCUCGGACACCACUGUGAGACUAUGGCGGCCGCACUCAGACUCCACGGAAGUCCCAGCGCCCAUCGGGAAACACACAGACUACGUCAAGGCCCUUGCAACACCCGGCAGCCACGCCAACUGGGUCGCCUCAGGAGGCCUCGAUCAUAAGCUUUACCUGUGGGAUCUGAAUGGCGGCGGAGAGGUCUUGAACGUCGAUGCCUGCGGAGGCGAGAAUACGGCGAAAGGCUCCAUCUAUGCCCUGGGUGCGGUUUCCUCGGUGCUCGCCAGCGGCGGGCCGGAGAGCGUGGUUCGGCUCUGGGAUCCCAAAUCUGGGAAGCUCAUCACCAAGUUCGUCGGUCACACAGACAACAUCCGCGACAUCCUGAUCAAUCGCGACGGCGAUAAGAUCUUGACCGCCUCCUCGGACCAGACAAUCAAGAUCUGGUCUGUGACCGCGGGACGAUGCAUGCACACCUUGACCAUGCACAACGAUAGCGUCUGGUCGCUCUACUCCAACCAUCCGCAGCUGUCGGUCUUCUACUCAAGCGACCGCUCCGGCCUAGUCGCCAAAACCGAUACGAGAGACUCGCCGGAUGUAGAGCAGGGAAUCAGUGUCGCUGCGUUGCAGGAACACGAGGGCGUGAUCAACGUGGUCGCCGCCGGGGAUUACAUCUGGACAGCCACGCCCAAGUCCAGUAUCAAUCGGUGGUACGAUAUCGACACCGCUGCCGAAAUCGAGCCGCCUGUGUCGAGAGAGGUCAAGAGUUCUUCCGGGUCGGAAACUGCCGCGUCGGAGGAUUCCUCAGCCCAGAGCGGACGGCGCACCAAGAUCCCGUAUGAGUCGAUUUUACAACUAUCAAGCACCUCGAUCUUCCCCAAGUCGCGGAUGCCUCCAGGCACAUUGAUGCCCUUGAUACCGAAUGGACAGCAGCCCCCUACGGCCGACGUGGAUGACGAGCUGGGUCUGACUCUCCCCGUUUACGCUCUACCGGAGGAGACGAUCGAAGGUCAAGACGGGUUGAUCAAGCACUGUCUACUGAACGAUCGCAAGCGCACACUUACUCAAGACUCUGCCGGAGAGGUCGUUCUGUGGGAUCUCUUGAAGUGUAAACCAAUACAAUCGUUUGGCAAGCGCCAUAUGGACGAUGUCGCGAAUGAGAUCAAUACCACCGAGACCAUCGCUCAUUGGUGUACGGUUGAUAUCCGGACGGGCCGACUGUCUGUCAUCUUGGAGCUCAAUCGUUGCUUUGACGCCGAGGUCUAUGCGGACGAGGCGGAUCUGGCGGAUUACUCGCAGAUGCGGGAAGAUCAGAGAAUCAAUCUGGGCAAAUGGGUCUUGCGUUGGCUCUUUGCUCCCCUGGUGGAUGAAGAAAUUGAACGAGACCAGCAAUAUCGGGCCACGGCUAUUGCAAAAGCUGAAGAAGCAGCCAGACAGCACACAUCGACUACCGCGCCGAUGGAUAUCCCAUCGCCCAAUGCGCCCAGGAAUCUGGGCCUUCAAAUCCCUUAUGAUCCGUCAUCGCUCGCCUUCCGCCCUGGAAACGAAUCGUUCGGGAGCCCUACGACGCCGGGCUUUGGGAUUCAUCUCGCCAACACUCCAGGGUCGCUCACCUCCUCCAUGCUCAACAAUCACAACCACCACAUGGCCACAUCACCAGGAGAGUUCAACGACCACCUGGCCUCGCCCCAGGCUCCCGAUUUUGCGAGGAAUUCCAUGUCGGAUAAAUCUGACUAUUUCUCGCCCACGAGACCUCACGGGCCCACGGACAGCGACAGGAACCCAACCACCCCGGGAGAUCCGACGCCAACUGCACUUCCUCAGUCACCGGUCGAGCCCGAUAAUCAGGAGCGGAAGAGAACCGGAUCGUUGUUCGGUAAGAAGUUUCGGAUGGACUUUCCCAAAAAGUUGGGCCGGACUUCCACGGAGGUGAAGCCACAAGUACCAGAGGAAAAAGCGGAGGAAGUCGAUGAGUCCCUGACUGUUAAAGAGGAGAAGGUGUUUGAAAGCAAUCUUGGCGGUCUGGUAGAGAAACUCCGCCAUGAGUAUGAUGAAUUUCUCGCAGCAAACCCCGGCCAGGAGCUGGUGUCGACCAUCACUCCCAGUCCAGAGAGCGAGGCGCCGAUGCUGGAGAUUCCGCCGCGCACAGCUGUCAUCAUUCAGGAGGAAUCUGGGGAUACUGCUGUGGCCUCAGAUCUUUACAGAGGCAGUGUCGGGAGUAUCCGGGAGGAAAUUGACAAGCUCGAGAAGUCGAUCCCAAUGUGGCUUGCUGAGUUGCUCUUGAAGAACCAACUGCCUUUGAAGGAACCUGUGAAGAUCGCUUUCAUUCUCAAGCCCUACGACGACCUACUGCCACCCGUUGCCAAACCAGACCUAUCGGUACCCAAUGCCGCUAACAAUUCACGCCUGAAUGCCAACCGGAUGCUGCGCGCGAAGAAGAUUCUCGCGUAUGUGGCGGAAAGGAUCGACCCUUCGAGCUCGGAAGAACCGCCGGAGGGAGCACUGAAACCUGAGGAAUACCUGGAGCUCUACUGCCACAACAUGCUGAUCCCAUCAAACAUGACUCUCGCGACGAUUCGCGCCCACAUCUGGCGGACUGGAGGGGAUAUGGUCCUGUUCUACAAGGCGAAUGGAAAGAAGGAGAUACCCAUGCCCGGGCCCGGAAACGAAGGCGACCACAGCAAUCACACGGCCGACGUGCCUCCGAGCCAACCGCAUUCGUUAGAGCCAGGCCUGCGCAGCGGAGAUGCUGAUGCUCAGCCCAGCAGUAUUCAUUCCAUGGCAGCAUCGGGAUCAGGCUCUGCAUCAAUCCACAACUCGUGA